AUGCACUAUUGUUACUAUUCAAUUCUUAUUCUAACAAUAGUUUUCCAUUGUACUAUUGUGAAAGCUCAACAGUUUAGCAUUUGUGCUGGGGGACAGCCAACUUCCGUUCAAGAUCCACGAUGGUACUCUGUACCAUCUCGAUUUGAGAUUAUUGGAGAAAUUACUAUGGCAGAUGGCGCAUUUGAAGUUAGUCAGACAUUUAGUGCUAAUCGUGAUGCAAUUUAUCUGACUAUUAGAGGCCAAACAAUUCAACAUUAUUAUUAUUACGAUACCAACGAAUAUUUUACCAUCAGCCAUUUUGUUCUAGAUGAUAUAUUAACACCAAUUUGUGCACGUACUGCUAUAACUGAUCAAUUUGCAACAAGUAAUAUAUCGCAAACGGUUGUUAAACCUUCAAUUCUUCUGGGAUAUGAUUCACGAAACAAUGAAAAUCAACAAUGGGGUACACGAUUUCAAAAAGAAACAACGAUUCGAGGUAUUCCAGUUGACGUAUUUCAAGCUUGUUUUUAUGUGCCUGAUAUACAAACAACAAUUGAAGCGACAUACUACAUUAGUAUAUUUUGUAGAAAUCGAACCAAUACUCUUGGAUUACCUAAAAAUCUUCCUGAUCGUUUAUCUAUUAAUACUGAAUUAUUGAUUCCAUUUAAUAAUUAUUCAAUUGUUAGUGGACAUGAAACAUAUGAUAAACAUUUUCAAUUUGUUAAAUAUGAUGUAUAUUUAUCAAACCAGCAACAUCAGACUGAAAUACAUGAUUAUAACACCGGGUUAACUUAUCGAUAUGAACAUCAAACUAAGAGAUGUACAGUGGGCAACAUAACAACAAGUUCAAAUGAUGCUGUAGCAGUCGAUGAUCAUCCGAAUUUUGUGCGAAUGAGAGAUGGACCAGAUUUUCUUCUAUUAAAUGAUAUUGAUUUUCAUUAUGCAGGUAUCAGGCAGUGUCGAGAUCAUGUCCAAUGUCAUGUAUGGAUUGGAGAGAAACCACAUCCAGAUAAUAAAGGUUUUGAGCAUCGUGAGUGGUAUUGGGCGUUUGAAGUUAAUAACAUUCAAUUAUCCGAAUUUGUUCCAUUAAAAAUGAUUAUAAGUGAACUGAAUUUUGAAGGAAAGAAACUGUCAUCAGUAGAAGUCUCCAUGUUUAAUUUCAAUCGAAAUCCAAAUACUAUUUAUGAAAUCGAUCGUACGUUGGCUGAUUGUUAUCGAGCAAUGGGUCCUAGUAACGGCUAUAAUUAUGUCGUUAUUCUUUUUAAAUUAAAUAAUGAUAAACAAUAUCCCGUUCAACAAAAUAUUCGAUAUCUUCAACUGCAAAUUUGGCAAACAAUGACAUCAGUAUUAAAUUUAAGACCAAUUCGUCUUUCCAAUAUUCUUAUAGAUCCCAUAAAUAAAGAUCUUCUUGUUUCAAUGACUUUAUUAGAUGUACCGCCAACGUUUGGCCCGGUUGAAAAUCCUAUUAAUGAAUUAAAAGUGAAUAUAAUACUUGAACAGAUGCAUAGAUUGAUUAAUAAUAAUGAAUUGGCUUUUCGAGCUAAAUAUGAUACAAAAGAAGUCUUGUUACGAGUUAGACCACAGUCAUUGGGUGUAUUAUUAUCUUCCGGUGAAACAUAUAAAAAUUUUGUUGAACAAAUACCUCAACAUCGUAAUCAAACCGUGCCUGAAAUAAUUAUUCGUACAAGAGACAUUUUCAUAACAAAGCAUUCUGGUCCAAAAAUUACUGCAUUUAUAUUCGGAUUUAUGCUUUUGGGAUUGGUACUAACAGUAGCAGUGGGAACGAUUGUUCUACAUAUUAAAAAGCGAAAAUGA